AACGUGUUUCAACUUCAUUUCAGACAUGGGGCCACGUGAGUACAUCAGGCAAGCUACUGAAGGCGUGUGCAUGCUACUUGCUUUCGUGAAGGGACAAGAAGAGCUCAGGCAAAUGUUUGGCAAUCAUAGAGGUCUAUCUAUGAUGACUGGUCCCGAUGGAGGGCUACCGACUUCGCCUAACCCCAUAAAAAGGCUACUGAGGCUAGUUGGUCCAAAGCCGGUACAGCCUGCUCCAAUGGGAGGUAAUCCAGACCGGUCCGCUCCAAAGGGAAUGCUACCUAAACACCCAACUGACAAGUCUUUCCCCUGGGAGGAGGCUGAACAGAAGCUCCAGGACCUGUGUCAGCUCAUCAACACCUACAGCUCUGAACCUCUGCAGCUGGCAGAGAAACUGGUGCAAGAGAUGGGAGCCCACAUGGGUCGACAGAUAGUCUCUUGAAUAGAGAUUGACUUCAGAACUCCAAACUCCAAAACUCCAGAACCCCAGAACUCCAAAACUCCUUCAGCCUCACCCAGAACACUGGAUAACCUUCUCAUAUGUGGACACGUUCAUCAUUGUUAUGAAUUUCCUAUUAUAAUUGCGUUGAUUAUAUCCGAUAUGAUGGAUAUUUGAU